UUUUUUAAUAAUAAUGGUUUUUUCUCUUCUCUUGAAUCGUGUAUUUGUUUGAUCAGGAGACAAUUUGGGUAGGAGGGCAUUGAAUUGCAUGACUAAAGUUUGGAUUUUUAGUUGUUAAUUUUUAUUUUAUUUUUUUCAAUAGGAAAUAAGAUGAAUGUUUUGUUGGUUGAAGUCUGCGUUGCUAGUUCUGUUCUUUUUUUUCUUUUUCCUUGUUUUUUUGGUUUUGUUUACUUUGAGCACAGAAGGAUGGGCUUUGUUUGAUCUUUGAUCCGACUAUUUGCCUUUUUUCUGCAAUGCUAAACUUUCUUUUCUCUUUUCCUUCCUUUUGGGUGGAUUUUGAGUCGAUUGUACUUUGUGUUUAGUUAUCCUGAUGACAGAAAUUUCCGGGUAUUGCUGCUAUGUUCAGAUUGUUGUUGUACGUUGGGCUCUGCAUCAGCUGUAUUUUUUGUUUGAUGAGGUUUCAAUUGCCUGACCCUCGGCUAGGAGGUUUUAUUUUUGUAUUUUUUUUUAUGAGGUUUCAAAAUUGCCAACGAUUUGGCUAGAUUAAUUUUUUGUUUACGCACAAUUUGGAAGCGUGGAUCCACUUUAAUGCCUUGAGAAUUUUUUUGCUGACUAGUCUUAUGGUCCUUAGCUUGGGUUAAACUUUGAGUUACUCUUCUUUUUUCUUUUGUUUGUACUUGAAAAAUAAGGAGUUUGUCAACACUUGCAGAGAUGGCGGAUCAAGAAUCAUUGUCAGUGAGUACGCCAAAUGCGAAAGCUGAGAUGGCGGAGGAUCAAGAAUCAUUGUCAGUGAGUACGCCAAAUGCGAAAGCUGAGAUGGCGGAGGAUCAAGAAUCAUUGUCAGUGAGUACACCAAAUGCGAAAGCUGAGAUGGCGGAUCAAGAAUCAGCGUCUACGCCAAAUGCCAAAACUGUGGCAGAUCUAUUUUUGGCGCAGUAUUAUGAAAUUUUACGCAACUAUCCUGACUCGCUGCACAAGUUUUAUAAAGAUGGAAGUGCACUAAAAUGGCCAGGAGCUGAGUUUGUAACGACAAUAAAGGGUAUCGAGGAAACAAUCAUGGCUUCCGAGUACAAGGGGUGCGAGGUGAAGAUUAUAAAUGCUGAUGCCCAAGACUCUUUGAUGGAGGGGAUUGUUCUGACAGUUAUCGGUUGUUUACUCGGAAAAGACAACGUAAAAAAGAUCAUGCUUCAAACAUUUUUCCUUGCCAAGCAGGGUACCUUUGGCUUUUAUGUCUUGAAUGACAACCUUUGUGUAAUGAAUACACAAGAAGUUUUGAACAUUUCAAUUGCUAGUGACGAUGUCGAUAAAAGUGUUUCUGUUGCUUCGGAUGUUUCCUCUGCUCAAGAAUCAGGACCUGCUGAUGUUCAUGCUGAACCAAAAAUUGAUGUUCCCGCUGAACCGAAAUCUGUAAAGGGGUCCACAUCCACGGAAUCAACAGAUGUUGUUGAGGAAACCCCAGAUGGCACAGUUCCAGCUGCUGAAGUUCCAAAACCAGUUACCUUAACAAAGAAUGUUACCCCAGCUAAUGUAUCUGAUGAUGAGAAACUGGAGGGACAGAAACUGGAGAGACAGAAAAUUUCAUAUGCUUCAGUGCUGGCGAAAGAGAGAAAGGGUUCAUCUUUUGCUGAUAAUCAAGGUCAUAAAAUAGUUAGGGUGGCUCCAAGCUCUAACCAGCAAUCAGAUGUAUCUCCGAAAAUAGCGAGGGUGGCUCCAAGUUUUAAUCAGCAACAAUCAAGGCACUUUAACAGAGCAAAUAUUGUGAGAGGGACAAAAGAACGGAGUUUUACUGAAAAUAACAGCAAUAUUCAAAAUAACAGUAACAAUAUCCGUUCGGAAGAUUCCAUGGCUAGAUCAGUUUAUAUGGAAAAUCUGCCUAAGGACAUAACGAAAGAUGAAUUAGCGGAAGCAGUGAAAGUCUUUGGCCUAGCUAGGCCAUCUGAUAUUCAGAUCAAAACAUUUCCUCGGGUUUGUCCUCCAAAUUCAAAUUCAUAUCCUUUGUUACCAUGUCUCAUUUAUGUUUCCUUAACUUGUAACUGAAAUCUCUAUCUAGGAUGGAUUCUGUUAUGGCUUUGUGGAAUUUGAAUCUGAAGAUUCAGCAAAAAGUGCAGUAGAGGCUCGCAAGCUCACUGUGAAAGGCUCUGAAGCCCGCAUUUCGGUCAAAAAAUCUGGCACCAGAGGAGCAGGUGGAGGCUUUCGCUCCAGAAAUUUCAAAGGUCAAGAGAAAGGAGAGAUUCGUUCUGAUGGGAGCUAUCGUGAUGAUAAUAGUGGGCGUGGCUAUGACCGACAAAGCAGAGAAUUCGGUGAAAGGAACAGCGGAAGCAGGGAUGGAAGAGGUUAUGGAGGAGAGGCAUAUCCUAGGAACAACGGGAGGAAUGGGGGCCAAUUGUCGAAUGGAGGACCUCAGAAAGAUGAGCAGGUACAGAAUGGUGGUGGAGGAAAUAGCAACGGUGCAAAGACAGCUGCCAAAUCUUGACUGACAUGAGAGGAAUUUGUUGUUAACACAACUUAUGAAUCGAAACCUUCUCCUUCUCCUUCCCCUCCCCCUUAGUGUAGGAAAUUUUGGCGCACAUCAUCUCUAUAUAGGCAGUAGGUUUGGGACGAAUAAUUUAUUUUAUGUUUUCAUUUACAUUUAUCAAGAUGAAUUCUAUUGAGAACUUUUUCAGCGGAACUUAGCUCUAUUACACAUUUCUGUUUGCCAAUGGUUUUGUUAUUAUAAUCUUUACGACGGAAAAAAUUAUAAAACAUUCAUUUUGGGCCGGAG